AGAAAAUAAUCGUUUUCUUACAUGUUUUGUUUACACGUAUUCUUAAAAAUUGCUUAAUACAAAGGCGACAAUAAACAGGAAGUGGGUGCUUCCGAACAUAUAUUAAGAACGUGAAAUCAUUGACUGGAGUAUUUGAACGCCAAGAUCUACAGUCAUGAAUUUCGAUACGGUAAUCUCCAUUUUCAUCGUUCUUUUGAUCGUUACUUUAAAAUGUAAUUGUAACUGUAUCAAGGAUAGAGUUGAAAUAGUAACAUACGGUGAACCUUGCGUUGAAACACGACAAUUACCAAUCAAAAUUGAGGGUCCCAAACCACCACGACAAGAAGAAAAGAUACCAGUAUCGUUGAAUUUUAAAGUUAUUUCGGACAUGUUCGUAGAACCACGUCGGAUCGAAUACCCAAUUAAGAUAGACACCUCAUGUAGUACUCCAUCACAAUCGGAAAGAACUAUCAUGACAGAUCUUCUACGGGGAAAAACUUAUACGUACAAUACUUAUGUUCCUCCUGCUUCUUAUGAGCAACCUGAACAGAAAAUUUAUAAUUAUGACGUUGAAGUUCCGAUCUCAAUAAAAGAAAACAUGGAAGAAUAUCAAGAGAAACGUGUCCAACGAUUGAAAGGCCUCACGUCUCGGAUUGAUCGGAUAUUGGUUCCUGCUUGCGAAGUUUUGCCACCAUCGUCGUCAUCGCAGUGUUAGAAUAGAG